AUGUCGAGCAGGCAUUACGAGGAGCUGUGGCGGCAGGGCGUGGCGGAGCUGGUCAGCCACCUGGAUGCCGAGCACCCAGAGGACCGGGCAGCGGCACCAAAGAAGCUGGCAGACUGGGGCCGCCUGUACAUCAGCUACGUGCGCACGAUGCACAAGCUGUGCACGGCGCACGACGGCGUGGCCCAGCCGCAGAAGCGGCGCUGCCUGCGGGCCACUUUGGAAGCGUGCAUGGGGCGGGCGCUGGAGCUGCGUGCCUACCUGGCCACGCUGAAUGGAGGGGUGGACGUUGUGGACCUGGGGCCGCAGCUGGCGGCGCUGGGCCUCACGCCAGACGCGCUGGAGCUGCCAGUCCCCGCAUACUUUCGAGAGGCACGGGCCGAGCAGCUGGCAGCGCGCGGCGCGGCAGCAGCGGCGGCAGCAGCGGCGGCAGCAGUGCUGCCAGCCGCACAGGCAGCUGCGGAUGCCGGCACAGGCGCUGGUGCUGCUGAGGAUGCUGGGAGUCGGGGCCCUGCCCUUGGCGGUGCGGGCGCAGAGGAGCAAGGCGUCACAGAGGAUGAGCAGCAGCCGGCGCCGGCAGCGCCAGACGCAGUUGUUGGUGCCGAAGCCAUGGGCCAGGGGCCUGAUUUGGAGGCGGUGCGGGGCACAGCGGGUGAGGCAGAGGACCUGCUCAGCCAGCAGCAGCGGGAGGCAUGCAGCACGGACGAGGGCAACACGCGGCAGGGCGGCGCGCUGUGCGAGCGGCGGGAAGCGGCGGCGGUUGCGGUGCAGGCCGGCGUGCGGGGCUGGCUGGCACGGCGCAGCGUGGCACGCCAGCGCCGCGAGGAGCUCGAGUUCCUAGGCAUGCUGGCUCCUUCGGACUGCGGGCGCAGCGCGGCAUUGCAGCAGCGGGUGGCUGCCAUUGCGAAGCAGCGCAAGGCACGGCAGGCGUCGCGGCAGCGGGAGCUGGACGAUGCGCUGCUGAGCAUCAAGGCGGCCGUGCGGCAGCAGGAGGGCUUUGCGAUGAAGGAUCAGAUCAGGGACAAGCUGAACGACUGGUUCCUGAAGAGCCGGGACCCGGCAACUGGAGAGUAUGCAGACCUGCCCGAGGCCGCCAAGGGCGGCAGCAGGGACCUUGUGUUGCCGCCGCCGCCCGAGCCGACCCCAGAGGAGGCUGCGGCUGCCGCCAAGGCUGCCCAAGCGGGGGCGGCGAGCGCUGGGCGAGGCAGCAGCGGCAGGGGUGCCAAGCAGGCCGCAGCGCCCAAGGUCACCCAGGAGUUUCUGCAGGGGCUGAAGGAGGCGGUACAGCUGUUCAUGGAUGUGUGGCAGCAGUACGAGCCCUCAGACCCCACGCUGGCGCUGCUGCCACCAGAGCUGCGGGGCCUGCCGCAGCCCAGGGGGGGCAGCGGGGCGGAGAGCUAUGAUGCAGACAUGGUGACCGCUGAGGUGCGGCCGGUGGUGUUUGAGGAGGAGAUGCUCAAGGCUGGGAAGGCAGAGCGUGCCAAGAAGGAGGGGAAGGGGAAGAAGGGCGGCAAGGACGGCAAGAAGCAGGCGGCGGCAGCCGGUGGGAAACAGGCGGGCGCUGGCGCUGCGGCCAAGGGCGGCAAGCAGGGGGCGGCAGCAAAGGCUGGCGCUGCAGCAGCGGCAGCUGAGGAGCCGGUCAAGAAGAAGAAGAAAGAUCCGACGGCAGGGCGCAGCAUUGAGUCUAUAUUUGCUGAGCUGGCGGCAGCGGGCCUGGUGCGGCUGCCCCCGCCCACCUGCGUGGCCGACUUUCUUGGCGGCGACAGGAUGGCAGAGGAGGUGGCGGGAGGCGCCGCGCCGCAGCCAGCGCAGCCCAGCAAGCCCAAGGCUGGCGGCAAGAAGAACAACGCUUCUGCGCCUGGCCAGGCAGCCAAGGCGCCUGCUGGCAAGGCCAAGACAGCAGCAGGGGAGGAUGAGUUCCAGCCCUACCCCGAGCACUCGUUGGCGCAGGGGCGGCAGGCGGUGGUGGCGUCGUGCGUGCUGCCGCUGGGCGCUCACCCUGCCCUCUCCAAGCUGAAGGCGCCACACACAGUGCUGCUGUACGGGCCCGCCGGCGCCGGCAAGACGAUGCUGAGCAUGGCAGCGGCACACCAGGCGGGUGCCACCCUGUUUGAUCUCAGCCCCGGCACCACGGCUGGAAAGUUCCCGGGCAAGCAGGCCGCCAUCAUGGUGCAUAUGGUGUUCAAGGCGGCGCACGCUCUGGCGCCCUCGGUGGUGCUGGUGGAGGAUGUGGAUCAUGUGUUCCUCACAGACAGGGCGCGGGCAGCGCUGGUGACGCCGCCCGGCGGGGAGCCGCCCAGCCGCAUCAGGAAGGCGCUGGUGGCAGAGGUGGCAGACCUGGAGCCUGGGGAUGGGGUGCUGGCGUGUGUGAAGCGUGAUGAGCGGGCGCUGCGCACUUUCAUCCAGCGCUACAUCCAGCUGCCGCUGCCAGACUAUGGUGGCAGGCACGCCCUGCUGCAGAGCUUUGCCCAGCGUGACGAGCUGGUGCUUGGCGAGAGCACGGCGCUGCUUGCCCAGCUGACAGCGGGGCUGAGCAGCGGGCAGCUGCUGGAGGUGGUGCGCCAGCUGGCGGCCCGCCUGCGCCCUCCGCCAGGUCCUGAUGGCCCCACCACCACAAACCCGCCAGUCAGCGGGCAGGCUGGGCAGGGCACGGUUCCACAUGGUCGCAGGCGUGUGGCGCACCCCACGGCAGCCGCCAUCAGCGAUGCAGCACUGGAGCUGCUGCCCGCCUUUGCGCCGCUGAGCAAGCAGGAGGCGCAAGAGAUCCGGGAGUGGACUGGUCAAGUCCAUCAGCCGCUGCCGCCAGAGCACCCAAAGGAAGCAGCCAACACAAAGAAGUGA